AUGCCUCGCAAGCUACCCAUGGUUCCGUACACGUCGCUCUCAGCAGCGGCGCUCGAGGCGCUCCAGUCGCGCGACGAGACGACGCUCUUCGUCGCGUUGGUGUGUCCGUGGGCGCACCGCACGCUCUGGACCGUCUCGAAAAUUGACACCCCAGUGCGCGUGCUCGAGCUAAGUCUGGAUAAUAUGCCGACGAGCUACCUGCGCCACUUCAAUUCCCACGGGUCGGUGCCCUUUUUGCUCGCGAACGGCCGACCCAUGCUCGACUCGGUCGACAUUGCUAAGUACUUGGAUGCGAUGUUCAACAACGGUCACCUCGCUGCCAACGACGACCGCUUCGGCGCGGCGGUUGUGCAGCGCGCCGAGGCGGUCUUUGAUGUCGCCCCGACGUUUGCCUUUCUCCGCAACGCGGAUGCGUCCAAGAAAGAAACGCUGCAGCGCAAGAUGCACGCGAGCCUGGCGCAGCUCGAGACGGUCUACGUUGAAGAUGCGGCCGCGUACCGCAGCCGCGGGCCGUACUUGCUCGGGGAUCGGUUCAGCCUCGCCGAAAUCUUGAUCUUGCCACUCCUCUUCCGCUUCAACUUGAUCGCCAAGCACUACCACGACACAGAGAUGCUGGCGCUGCACCCGGUGCUCGCAGGCGCGUUGGCGGCAGCGACCGCGCGACCUGCGUUUCAGCGUGUGACGCGCGAGCCCGAGAUGUACUUGCGUGCGUUUGCCAAACUCCGAGCGCGCCACUAA